UUCCUCUAUGCAGCUGGAUGUACAUAACGUGUCCCCGCUUGCUUUGCAGCCUUCCAGCCCAAUGGAUCAGAUGGGGAAGAUGAGGCCUCAACCGUAUGGAGGAAACAACCCAUACACACAGCAGCAGGGGCCUCAGGCUGGGCCACAGCAAGGACAUGGCUAUCCAGGACAGCCCUAUGGGCCCCAGACUCCCCAGAGAUAUCCCAUGGGAAUGCAAAGCAGGACGCAGAGCGCGAUGGGCAGCAUCUCGUAUGCACAGCAGAUGCCUCCUUACGGACAGCAGGGCCCCGGCACGUACGGGCAGCAAAGCCAAACUCCGUAUUACAACCAGCAGAGCCCUCACCCGCAGCAGCAGCAGCCGCCGUACCCGCAGCAGCCCCCGUCGCAGACCCCGCACGCUCAGCCUUCCUAUCAGCAGCAGCAGCCUCCGUCGCAGCCUCCCCAGCUGCAGGGCUCCCAGCCUGCCUACUCGCAGCAGCAGUCGCAGCCGCCCCAUCAGCAGUCCCCGACUCCGUAUCCUCAAGCGCAGUCCUCAGCCCAGCAGCACCAACAGAGCCAGCCCCCCUACCCCCAGCAGCAGUCGCAGUCGCCCUACCAGCAGCAGCAGCCGACGCAGCAGGCGGCUUCCUCGGCGCUGUCGCAGUCGUCCUCGUACCCCGCGGCGCAGGCGCAGCCGCAGGCCGCGUACUCGCAGCAGCGCUUCCCCCCUCCUCAGGAGUUAUCUCAAGACUCAUUUGGGUCCCAGGCAUCAUCUGCUCCCUCACUGGCUUCCAGUAAAGGGCAAGAAGAAAUGAACUUGAAUCUUCAGUCCAGACCUUCGAGCCUGCCGGACCUGUCCGGUUCGAUAGAUGAUCUGCCCAUGGGUACAGAAGGAGCCCUGAGUCCUGGAGUAAGCACGUCAGGGAUUUCCAGCAGUCAAGGAGAGCAGAGUAACCCGGCUCAGUCUCCUUUCUCUCCACAUACCUCUCCUCACCUGCCAGGCAUCAGAGGACCCUCCCCGUCCCCUGUUGGAUCUCCUGCUAGUGUUGCUCAGUCCCGCUCUGGUCCGCUCUCACCUGCUGCAGUACCAGGCAAUCAGAUGCCACCCCGACCGCCUAGUGGCCAGUCGGACAGUAUCAUGCAUCCUUCCAUGAACCAGUCGAGCAUCGCGCAAGAUCGAGGUUACAUGCAGAGGAACCCUCAAAUGCCUCAGUACAGCUCGCCCCAGCCCGGCUCAGCCUUAUCUCCCCGCCAGUCCUCUGGAGGACAGAUGCACGCGGCGAUGGGGCCGUACCAGCAGAACUCCAUGGGGAGCUACGGACCCCAGAGCGGCCAGUACGGACCUCAAGGAGGUUAUCCCAGGCAGCCAAACUACAAUGCGAUGUCCAAUGCCAACUACCCCAGUCCAGGAAUGGGAGGAAGCAUAAACCCCAUGGGAGCAGGGAGCCAGAUGCACGGGCAGAGCGGCGUGCCCCCGUACAGCGGGCUGCCCCCGGGGAGGAUGAGCCACGCGGCCAUGGGGAACAGGCCCUACGGACCCAACAUGGCAAACAUGCCCCCGCAGGUGGGCACGGGGAUGUGUCCCCCGCCGGGUGGCAUGAACCGCAAAGCACAAGAGGCGGCCGCCGCCGCCGCCAUGCACGUUGCUGCCAACUCCAUCCAGACCAGGCCUCCUGGUUAUCCCAACAUGAACCAGGGGGGGAUGAUGGGGACUGGACCUCCUUAUGGACAGGGAAUUAACAGUAUGGCUGGCAUGAUAAAUCCCCAGGGCCCUCCCUAUCCAAUGGGCGGGAAUAUGGCCAACAACUCUGCAGGGAUGGCAUCAAGUCCUGAAAUGAUGGGUCUUGCGGAUGUCAAAUUGACACCUGCUACUAAAAUGAACAAUAAGGCAGAUGGAACACCAAAAGCAGAAUCCAAAUCAAAGAAGUCCAGUUCUUCUACCACAACCAACGAGAAGAUCACCAAACUCUACGAGCUGGGUGGCGAGCCUGAAAGGAAGAUCUGGGUAGAUCGGUAUCUAGCCUUUACUGAAGAGAAGGCCAUGGGCAUGACCAACCUUCCAGCGGUAGGCAGGAAACCCUUGGACCUUUACCGGCUCUACAUCUCCGUGAAGGAGAUUGGAGGAUUGACUCAGGUCAACAAAAACAAGAAAUGGCGCGAGCUAGCCACAAAUCUCAACGUGGGCACGUCCAGCAGCGCAGCCAGUUCUUUGAAGAAGCAGUACAUCCAGUGUCUGUACGCCUUCGAGUGCAAGAUUGAGCGAGGUGAAGACCCCCCUCCAGAUAUCUUUGCAGCCGCGGAUUCAAAGAAGUCACAAACCAAGAUACAACCUCCAUCUCCAGCGGGCUCAGGCUCCAUGCAGGGUCCUCAGACGCCUCAGUCCACCAGCAGCUCCAUGGCAGAGGGAGGAGAUCUAAAGCCGCCAACUCCAGCGUCCACCCCACACAGUCAGAUGCCCCCUUUGCCCGGCAUCAGAAGCAACUCAGUGGGCCUUCAGGAUGCCUUUGCAGAUGGCAGCGAUCCCACGUUCCAGAAGCGGAACUCCAUGACUCCCAAUCCAGGUUACCAGCCCAGCAUGAAUACCUCCGACAUGAUGGGUCGCAUGUCUUACGAGCCAAAUAAAGAUCCUUACAGCAGUAUGAGGAAAGCCCCGGGAAGCGAUCCCUUCAUGUCCUCAGGGCAGGGCCCCAACAGUGGUAUGGGUGACCCUUACAAUCGUGCUGCAGGUCCAGGGAUGGGUAACAUGGCCAUGGGACAGCGGCAACACUAUUCCUACGGCGGUCCUUACGACAGAGUGAGGACGGAGCCUGGCAUGGGACCUGAGGGCAGUUUAGCUACUGGAACUCCGCAGCCCAACAUCAUGCCUUCCACCCCGGAGUCGGGGAUGUACUCGCCCAGCCGCUACCCGCAGCAGCAGCAGCAAAGACAUGAUUCCUAUGGCAAUCAAUUCUCCACUCAAGGCACAUCCUCGGGCAGCCCCUUCCCUAGCCAGCAAACUACCAUGUAUCAGCAGCAACAGCAGGUAUCCAGCCCAGCGCCCCUGCCCAGACCUCUGGAGAACCGCACUUCUCCUAGCAAAUCUCCAUUCCUGCACUCGGGGAUGAAAAUGCAGAAGGCAGGACCCCCGGUGCCUGCCUCGCACAUCACACCAGCAGCUGUACAGCCUCCCAUGAUCCGACGGGACAUCACCUUCCCUCCGGGAUCGGUAGAAGCGACGCAACCCGUGUUGAAGCAGCGGAGGCGGCUGACAGCAAAAGAUAUUGGAACUCCUGAAGCCUGGAGAGUGAUGAUGUCUCUGAAGUCUGGGCUGUUGGCUGAGAGUACGUGGGCCUUAGAUACCAUAAACAUCCUGCUCUAUGAUGACAACAGCAUAAUGACCUUCAACCUCAGCCAGCUGCCAGGCUUGCUGGAGCUCUUGGUGGAGUAUUUCCGACGUUGCCUGAUCGAGAUCUUCGGAAUCCUGAAGGAAUACGAGGUGGGAGACCCGGGGCAGAGAACACUACUGGAUCCUGGAAGGUUCUGCAGGGCUUCAAGUCCCCUUCAUGAAGAAGGGGAUGAAGAUGAUGAACCACGGCGCCUGAACUGCGAGGUGGAGGAGGAGGCUGAGGAAGAGGAGGAGGCUGUAUUUGCGAGCAAGGACAAAGCACCCCUAGAGAGCAGCGAGGAGAAGCUAGUUAGCAAAUUUGACAAGCUCCCAGUGAAGGUGGUGCAGAAAAACGACCCGUUUGUGGUAGAUUAUUCAGACAAGCUGGGGCGAGUGCAGGAGUUCGACAGCGGCCUGCUGCACUGGCGGAUCGGCGGCGGAGACACCACGGAGCACAUUCAGACCCACUUUGAGAGCAAGACGGAGCUGCUGUUCACUCACAAACGAGCUUCCUGCAACUCCGUCUUGAGGAAACGUUCCGCAGCUGAGAGCAAUACGAGCACUAGGGAAGGAGAGCCCGCCGCGUCCGACGGCUCCUCGGAGAAGAGGAUAACGGCCACCAUGGACGACAUGCUCUCCGCACGCCCGGGCUCCCUGGCGGAUGACGAGGAAGAAACCAGAGCUUCGGAAAGCGCCAAGGAAAGCGGCAAGUUCCCAUUCGGCAUUAGUCCAGCUCAGAGCCACCGAAAUAUAAAAAUUUUGGAGGACGAGCCUCACAGUAAAGACGAGACGCCCCUCUGCACGCUCCUGGACUGGCAGGACUCUCUGGCCAAGCGCUGCGUCUGCGUCUCCAACAUCAUCAGGAGUUUAUCGUUCGUGCCGGGCAAUGACUUUGAAAUGUCCAAACACCCCGGGCUGCUGCUGAUUCUAGGGAAACUGAUUCUCUUGCACCACAAGCACCCAGAGCGUAAACAGGCACCCCUGACGUAUGAGAAAGAGGAGGAGCAGGACCAAGGGGUGAGCUGCAACAAGGUGGAGUGGUGGUGGGACUGCUUGGAGAUGCUGCGUGAAAACACCCUGGUCACGUUGGCCAACAUUUCUGGCCAGCUGGACCUCUCCCCUUACCCGGAAAGCAUCUGUUUGCCUAUCCUGGAUGGACUCCUGCACUGGGCAGUGUGUCCGUCGGCAGAGGCGCAGGAUCCCUUUCCAACGCUGGGGCCGAACGCUGUCCUCUCCCCUCAGAGACUGGUUUUGGAAACGCUCAGCAAACUCAGCAUCCAGGACAACAACGUGGAUUUGAUUCUCGCCACUCCCCCCUUCAGUCGCUUGGAGAAGCUCUACAGCACCAUGGUGCGUUUCCUCAGUGACAGAAAGAACCCGGUGUGCCGAGAGAUGGCCGUGGUACUGCUGGCCAACUUGGCGCAGGGGGACAGCCUGGCAGCGCGGGCCAUUGCUGUGCAGAAGGGCAGCAUUGGCAACCUGCUGGGCUUCCUGGAGGACAGCCUGGCCGCCACGCAGUUCCAGCAGAGCCAGGCCGGCCUGAUGCACAUGCAGAACCCGCCCUUCGAGUCGACGAGCGUGGACAUGAUGCGCCGGGCCGCCCGGGCGCUGCUGGCCCUGGCCAAGGUGGACGAGAACCACUCGGAGUUCACGCUGU